UUCAGUUGCGGCGUCGAUUUUGCGAAGUGCAGGAAAAAUUGUUAUUUUAAGUAAAAUUCUUGAGCUAAAGAGACAGAGAGCACAAGGAAAAUGAACACCGAUGUUGCAAGAGCUGAAAAUGUGGCGAAUAACGACACUUCGAUGAAUGGCUCGAGUGUAGACGAAAGUACGCUGUACUACUCAAUGAAUAGCUCGGGUGGUUUGGCUUCAGAGUUGGAGGGCACACUGGAGGCAGAGGCGGAUGAAGAAGCAGUGAUAUCAGUGGAAAUUCCAGACUUUUCUCCCGGAACUGCACUUCGCGAUCCUCUGGCGAUUUGUGACAAGUUUUUGCAGAAGAAUGCCUUGAUGUCUUCUACACCCAAUCGGUUGAUUUUUCCUCCGUCCGAUGACAAAGUCCCGGAAGGGAUUGAGAAGGAGGAACAGCCGGCGGAUGAAUCAAAAGAUGAUACUCUGCAGGAGAAGAACGAGGAAGCGACAAUGAAGAGCGACAAUUCCCUGAAAGAUCUUUCAGGCAAAGAAUCCGUAUCUCCGAAGCAAAUCCUUGAGGACUUGCCUGGAGAGAAGCAAAAAUAUUCUGAAGAUAUUGUGGAGAAGAAGGACGAGGCUUUCCAGGAAGCUCUAAUAGUGGUUCAGGAAAUGAGCGUCACGCGAGUGACUGAGGAUCUGAUCAGAGUUGUGAUUGAAGAGGAAUCUGAGGAAAUGGAGGCAACUCCUGUCCCGGAGACAACUCCUGUCCCGGAAACAACUCUUGCCCCGGAACCAGCUCCUGCCCCGGAACCAGUUCCUGUCCCGGAACCAGCUCAAGAAACGCUGGAACCGCAAAGAGUGCCUGAAAACGAGGAGAAUAAGGAGAAUGCCAAGCAGAGACGACGCUCGAAGAUUGCCGUCUUGAAUGCGCUUCCCAAGGAGGCAAAACCCACAGGAAAGCAAUCUCUGAUCAGAAGAUCAAUUCUCAAGUCAGACGUGAAAUCUCCCGCCAGGGCGAUCAAGAGAAGCUCUCUCUUACCCAGAAAUCUCCCUGCAGCCCAGAAGAGGCAGACAAUUAAUCCGCUGCUUAGCAAACCUGGUCCCUCUGCUCCGCUGGCCAAGCCUAAAACUGCUCCUCCAGUAGCGAAGAAGCGUCAAACUCUCGCCCCUAGCACCAAGCAGAGAUCUCCAAAAGCCAUUCUGACCACCAAGAAUCCACCGCUGGUGAACAAAUCACCCAAAUUCCUCCAUCCCAAGGACGUGCUUCCAUCAGCUAGAGAGUUUGAGUGCAAGGUGUGCAAGAAGAAGUUCCGCACGUUGAUGAUCCUCGAGACACACGCCAAGACGCACAAGGAUGCUGCAAAGACUGGGCUUUUCUGCAAAUACUGCGAUCGCCGCUUCGAGAUCAAGAAGGGACUGGAGAAUCACAUCCAGAACUACUGCGCAAAGAUUCCCGUGGGCGAGAAGAGACGCUUGCUGGACGAGCAGGCAAAGAUCAAUGCUCUCACGCCGCGCACAAAGCGUCUGAUGAAGACGUCUUCUGGAUGCGAUAGCUCGUCCAGCGCUGCUUCCUCGAGCAGUGACCUCAUGAAUCAACUAAGGCGCUCACCGAGCGCCCAAAGAAGCGUUCCCAAGAGGAGGAGCGUGGCCUUUGCUGGGAUCAGCGCCACUCCCAACCGGACCAUCAAGUGCUAUCAGUGCCUGAAGGAGUUCAUCGAUGUCUUUGAGUUUUCUGACCACAUCACGGAGCAUGUAGAGAACUGA